AUGAUGAUGCUAAGUGUCAGAAGUUCUAUGAUCAAGACGAUUAACGGUGAAUUUUCCAUUCUUAGAUGUCGUCAAAGAGAUGCCGGAUUUGCUAAGUUUGUGAAAGACACCUUUACAAAGAAAAGGUCCGUUCAACAUGAGAUGCUGAAUUUAACUUAUCGUGUGGCAACUUGGUUUGCCGAUUUUGCUAACUACUUGGUAACAGGUAGCAUUCCCGACGAGAUAAAAUCGUAUCAAAAAAAGAAGUUUCUGCGGGAUGUUCGUCAGUACUAUUGGGAUGAACCAUACUUAUUCAGAACUUGCGCUGACAACAUUAUUCGGCGUUGUGUCCCAGAGAGUGAGUACCAAAGGCAGGGGAAUAUUGGUAGGAGGCAAGAGAUGCCUAUGAACUUUGUAAUGGAGGUUGAAGUGUUCGAUGUUUGGGGAAUUGAUUUUAUGGGUCCCUUUGUAAGCUCUUGUGGAAUGAAAUCCAUUUUGGUGUUUGUUGAUUAUGUCUCUAAAUGGGUAGAAGCGAUGAUUUUACCUAAUAACGAAGCCAAGAGUGUCAUGGGAUUCUUAAAAAAGAACAUAUUUACUCGUUUUGGUACCCCAAGAGCGAUAAUCAGUGAUGGUGGUUCUCACUUUUGCAAUAAAGCCUUUGUGGGAUUGAUGGAGAAAACUGAUUGGGCUCGCAAGCUCGAUGAUGCUCUAUGGGCUAACCGAACUGCGUUCAAAACUCCGAUUGGGACUUCGCCUUUCAAGCUAAUUUUUGGUAAAGCAUGCCACGUGCCAGUUGAACUUGAACAUAAGGCCAUGUGGGCCUUGAAUAAAUUGAACAUGAAUUGGGAAGAAGCGACCAAACUCGGGUUAUUUCAACUCAACGAGAUGGAGGCGUUCCGCUAUCAGGCAUAUGAAAGUGCAGCGCUAUACAAAGAGAGGAUGAAGCAAUAUCAUGACAAGAAGAUCCUGAAGCGGGAAUUCUACAAGGGUGACCCCGUCUUGCUGUUUAAUUCUAGAUUAAAGCUGCUUCCGGGCAAAUUGAAAUCACGGUGGUCAGGUCCCUUUGAAGUGGUAAGUGUCUCACCUCAUGGAGCUAUUGAAUUAAAGUCUGAAGACGAAACUCGGACAUUUAAAGUGAAAGGGCAGAGGGUGAAGCACUAUCAUGGUAUGAUUGCGAGAGAUAGAAUUGUGGACCGACAUUGGUUGAAGCAAGUUGGGACGAAUGCUGACUCGGCGAGUCCCGACCAAGAGUGUCGAGAGCGCAGAAACUGA